AUGUCACUAAAACUCGGUCUUAUAAUAACUCUACUGGUAUCUGGUCUUUUUCCGGAAACGCAGGGAAAAACUUGUAAAGGAAUUUUUUACAUUUGUAGAAGUUUGUUGCAGACAGUUCAAGAGUACAAAGUAGCAUUAAAGGAUCAAAUGCAAAGCUUAAACGGAGCAGAAGAAAACAAGAAGGAAUUUAAGGGUCCAAAUGCCAGAAGUAUAACCAUCGGAAGUAUAAGCCACGGAGGUAUAAUCCAAGGAUCAUCACACAUCAUGAUUACUUUAGGU